AUGCACGUGGCGCUGGACCAACUCGAGACGCUCUGGCCCCCGUAUCGGGGUGCGCUACUUCUCGGUGCUGCUCGGGAGUCGCAGGGACGCGUGUGUAACACAGGCGUCGCCGUUACCGCGGGCCAUGUUGCUCUCUCCCUCUACGUGUACCCUGCGUCUUCUGAUGCUGCAACAGCAAGAGGCGCCGCGGGCAGCACUAACACAGAAGGCAACCGCCACACAGGAGAUGGUGUACUAUCAUCCGCAAACACAGAAACAACGUCAGCAGGAGCUGAUACCUAUGCGUCGGCGUUGGCUGAACCCGUUGGUCCUUCUCCACCGCCGUUGCGCCUCACCGUCUUGCUGGACGCCGUGCCAGUUACCGCCCCCACACCCGGCACUCCUCAGAUGGCCAGGUUCCUAACCAAGGUUCUCGCAGGCGCUGAUGGUGCUGCUGCAGGGUCGGCUAGGAAGGGAGAACGCUUACUGGGAGAGGACGUGCCGGAGAUGCUUGUUGUAGAGCACCUUGACGAAGUUGUGUGCAGCGAGUUUGUUCGCUGUGACCGUCGCUCGGGACCAUCCGCUACCAAACAUGGCGGCGAUGGGUCAACCAGAAGCAACAGCAAGAGCCGUAACAACGGCCUAGUCUACGCGUGUGUCGAAGCCAGCGGCUUGUUACGCCUGUGGGAGUGGGGGGGAGACGCGAGUGGCCUGUGGAGCUGGAGGUAUCUCAACAGCUGCAACAUAUGCGCCUGCCGGGAGGAUCCGAUCGGCUGCCGCGUGUUGACAGCCGCGAUAUUCCCCGAACCCGUCGACGGCGAGGGCAACGGUAGUAGCAACAGGCGGAAUCGGCUGGUGUGGGAACAGGAAGACAGCGGGGAGGGAGCCGGCCUCGGCCUAGCCUCAACUCCUUCCACCGACCCGCGAUCGUCGCGUAGGGUGUGGUCUCGCAGGGUGUCCUUUGAUUUGGCGGAGGGAAGUAUAAGUGGCGGUAACCUCGGCUCCGCCCACCAACAGCAGCAACAGCACGCUACCGAAGAGGGCACCGGGGCCGGGUUCGGAAGUGGUAGCGCCAGCAACAGGACCGUGGGCUCGAGAUCGGAGAUUUCGCUGGCCUUCUCGGCGUGUCUCUUGCCAAAGGGGGUCGACGAGCUGCUCUGCAGCCGGCUGGGAGUGUGGAUGCCGACCGGCCCGCGAGUGUACUUGAACCAUUUCCCCACGGGUCGCUUGCAUUGUUUUGUCCUCCCAGGCCUCAGAGACAGCGGCACCGGGGGAAGCGAUGCCUGUGCCAUUGUCCGAGAGGGAGGUCGGCUUGACAACCGUCGCGAUGCCCAUCGCGGUGGAGGCGCAGACGGGAGGGGCACCUUCACGGAAUCGGAAAGCGGCUCGGGAUUCAGAGAGUCGGCCCUGAGAGAAGGUGGCGGCAGGGGCGCAACAAAUUCUGACGACGAAGCCACCGCCGAGGACAUUGCAGAGAAGGCCUCCUCGCCUGCUUCUUCUCCGCGAUGCCUGCUUGCCGUGCACGAGCCAACCGGGGACCUCAUGUUGUACGACCACCAUCCCCGCGCUACCGUGCGCGUGCUCUCUCUGCCGCCGGGGUCGGGCGGUCUUAAGCUGCAUGUGCAGUGCACGCUCGAUAUACCGCCGGUCCUGGGGUCCCCACCACAUUCUUUUUCGGUACGCUCGAACGUUGCCGCAUUUUGUGGCGGUGGGGUUUGCUCGAUGUACGACCUUUGCACCGGCUAUCUUCUGGGCACGGCGGACAUCCCGCGUUGUAGCGCCUGUGCGGCAAGGCGCCGUCACAUGUCAAAGACGUGUGGUGCUGACUCUCUGCCUUCGGCUUUGUCCUGCUCGUGCGGGCGGCGAGAGGGGCUAAGUGCGACUGAGCUGCUUGAUGGUCGAUUAGCGGCCUCCACCAGCCCUAGAUUGUGGGCAUCCGCGACACGGGGGCAUUUGACAGGGAUCGUCACAGCUACGCAGGUGCUUCGAUUCAAGCUUCCUAGGAUGGAAGAAUGCCUGCGAACUAUAUUUGGGCCUUCGCGAAGAGGUAACUCGCCGCCGCCGCCGGCACCGAGAGUCCUCCGUUUCCUUCGCGAGUACAGACGGCUUCUUGAUGGCUCGGCGAGCGACUCGUGGCCCGUGUCGCUUCUGCCGGAGCUCCUCCGGCUGGUCCAACAAGGCAACAGUGCCGACGCCAGCCCAACCAGCAGCCAGGCGACACUGGGAGCACAAAUUAUGAGCCUCAUCGGACACACUUUGGCCGGCGAAGAACGAGGUCGUUCAGACUUAGCGGCAGUGGCAGAGACCGCCGCCGCACACAACCCUAGAGGAGCUCCGGUCCCUCCGUGGCUGUUUUUGGCCAUGGUGUCUGCGGCGCAGAACCGAGGGAGAGAGAGAGGAUCUCCAUGUACAGCGGAGGCUGGUGUCAUACACGGAGCCACGAGGUCCGGAGGGGGGGAUCCGGCCACGGCCGCUACCGAAGAAGGGCUUAGAAACUUGCUGGAGAGGCGUGUUUCCGAGUCGCUGGGCUCUCUUAGCAGCGUGCGGGCCUUGCUGCAAGACCCCGUCGGCUCCGCCCGGCAGCACGUGGGGGACGGAAGGAUAGGUGCUUUGCGCUCCGCGGCGGAUUACGAAGCGGCGAUCAAGCUCGCGGCCCUGACCGCGGACGUGGAUCCCGCGACCGCUCUCUUCGAGGGGACUCUUCGAGAGUGGCUGGCGAGUCGACGGAGGGUUAAGGGGGAAGGGGUUUCGUUCAAGGGAGGCCCGCGGCCCGCCGAGGGGUCAGUUUUGGGGGGAGAGCAGCGGCCGUCCGGUAUAGUUUUGGGACAGGUGGAGGUGGCGGAUGCGGGAGAAUCGCGUCCCGUGCUUGACGACGCGAUGGCGCUCGCGUUUCGGUGCGAAGCCGCCGAUGACAAGGAAGCGACGGAGAUCCCGUUUCUACGUUCUUUGCUGGAAGGCUUGGGAGGGGCGCAGGACCCCGGCCAAUCACGGGGCGGCCUCGGUGGAGCCGCGGGGGGUGGCAACGGCCCGGCAAAAUAUGGUGGCAACGGUGCGGUAAUCGCCUCGCCGUCUUCGGCCUCUUCGACGUUCCUGUGUCUCCAGCUGGUCGGCGACGACAAGUCGCCGCUGUUCGAGGUUGCCUGCCGAGCGCUCUUCCGCUUGCUCCCGCGGGAGCUCCCGCGCUUCAUCGAGCGGCUGGCCCGCUUUCGUUCCUACGCGGACGAGAUCAAGAGGCGUGAGGCCGGGGAAACCGAAACCGCGCCGCAAGACGUAAGCAGCGACGAGGAGGGGGAGGGGAAAGAGGGGGACAGGCAACCGCCUUUGCUGCGACGUGGGCGGCAGCGUACGUCGUGGUCGUCUGGUGACGUCAGGUCGGAGGCGACAUUGAGGGGUGACGGCGGCGGCGGCGCCGAACACGGAGAUUCAUCCACCGUCUCCGGUAGCGACGAACAUGACCAGCACCGACCAACGAGUCCGAUGUCGCGUACCGGUACCGCUUCGCGGCACCAGAGCGAAGACAACGCCUCCGACUCCGGCGGACGAGUGGGCCGGCCCCCCACGCGCGGCAGCAGCGGCGCCGGGAACUCUCGGGAGCGCUCGCCGGAACAAGCCGCGCCGGUCCCCGCCUCCCCCAUCCCUUCUUACCCACGCGCUGCCGACGACUCCACUCACCCUGUCACCUCCCCUGUCGACGCCGCCGUAUCUCACCACCAGCCCCCGGGAGAGGAGAGGUCGCACGAGACCCCGCCCGUUGCAACGGCCUAUUUCUCCCGCGCCUUGGCGUGCCUUCCCCCCGCCGUCGAGGACAACAGGAGCGACGGUGCCGGGUCCCAGCGGCGCCGCGCGCGCCUGUCCCUCCUCCUGGGCGCGCGCAAUUUUACGGAGGCCUGCCGACUGCUUCGCCACCGCGCGUGGGGGUGUUUCGGCGGCACCGGCGCCGGCGCCGUUGCCGGUUCCAGCGGUAAGCGGGGCAGUUGGCGGGGCGACCGGGGGGCCGCCGAGGCGUGGGGCGCAAAUAUGAGGCUCUUGAAUGAGCUUAACCGGGCGGCAGCGGCGGCAGCGACGAUCGACAAGGCAGACGAUGCCGCAGCGGCAGCGGCGGUGGCGGCGGGAGAAGGCAUCGGCGACGUGACCGCUUCCGUAUCUCUUGCUGCUGCCUCUGAAACGGCGGGCAACGGCAGCGUGGCGUUGCAGUUCCGCCUGGCGUUCGAGGACACGCUCGCCGAGACUAUCCUCGAAGACAGCCCUGAGCGCAUGAAGGAGGUCAUGCUUUGCCGGCCGAGCGGCCUUACCCCCGUGAGAGUGGUGAGGAUGGUGCGCCGAGCGGCGGAAGCGGGGUUGGCGUCGCCCACGGCUGUGGUGGCCGACGGGGGUGUUGGUGGCGGCGGCGACGAUUGCGAAGCGAACCAACCCCCGCGCUACGGCUCUACCCAAACUCUCAAGAUGUGCUUGUUGUUGCUCCUGGAGGAUGACACGAAAUUAGGCGUCGGUGGGGUGUAGAAUGGCAUGCAACGGUUGGCCGUGUUGAAAGCUGGCCAGGGUUUGUAUAGAUUGCCGUGUGCCACGGCUGCUUCCCCAACUGAAAUGAAUUUGAGUUCUGGACGAUAGGCGAGCCGUAAGACUUCGUGCCCCCGGUGUCGGGAUGGUCACCCGCGGUUACCGCCAAGAGAAUCGCAGUCAGUCCCUGCCGCGAAAACCAUGUUUGUCCUCUAGUGAUCAGGGCUGCUUCCAGUCCUCCAUUCUUAUUUGCUUGUGUUGUCGCCGUUUGUUUCUCGGUAAGUUUUACGCUGGCAUGUGCUGGUCAGAGACUGUUAAGGUCAGAGAUUGUAGACUGUGGGUGACAUGGUUUAUUUCUGUUGUAGAAUGCUGCGGGAAUGUCGAUCUCGACAGCAGGGCGCGGGGAGAGGUCCGCAGUAUAGACUUGAAGAGUGGCGUGUAUGGCUUAUUGUUUGUGGGCGUGCCAACGAAACCUUGUAUCGCAUGACGUGCACAAAGAUGAUGUUUCU